AUGAAGCUCCCCUUCGCAAUCGUGAACGCGUUCUCAACCUCCCUGAGCGGCGGAAACCCUGCCGCCAUCAUCCUUCUGACGCCUGCCCAAGACGCGGAGCUCUCGGACAAGCAGCGCAUAGCCAUCGCCCGCAACCUGAACCAGCCAAUGCACACCUUCGUCGCCCCACGAGAUGACGGGGCACUCGGCAUACGCUGGUUCACAGGCGUUGGCGAGAACAUGCUGUGUGGGCACGCUACGCUCGCUGCUGCUGCUCUUUUCAUGGCCGAAGGGCAAAGUAGCGCGAUGUUCGUAUCUGGCGCAGAAAAGGCCAAGAACCUCGACUUUAUCGGUUUGAAAAACAAGGUUCUGGCGACCAGUCUUGAUGACGGGAAGAUAUAA